UUGGGCCGAGGGAAGGGAGGCUGCCUGGAACAUGUGGGUUGGAUUUUGAAGUGUUUGUUUUGACUGCUGUGGGAUAUAGGCUCUCAUUUUCACCCAUCUAUCAGGGAUUUUGGUGAAAGAGUUGGCGGAGUUGUAAAAUGCAAAGGUCAUAUCGUUCGAAGGUCUUGCAGCUGGAAUGAUGACGGGGAGGUCAAGUGUGGGACGCAUGGGCACUCGUGAAUGUCAUUGAGCAUAUUUACCGUUUCUAGAACCGGAUGCCGAAUUCUGAAUCAUAGUUUGAUGUCGUCUAAGAGAAGUUUUCACGGGAAGAGUAGUCAAGUAGCGAAGAAACCCCGGAGAGUAGGCCUGGUGAAGAUGACCAAGGGGUGCAAGGCGACCUCAGAGGUCUCGGGCGGAGGGGGGGCUGUCGAGGCCCAGUCGGAGAGCGGGGUGGAAGGGGGGUCUGUGCCGCCCUUGCCCGAGGCUGCCAUCACGCCACCAACGUGCCACCUGCUGCAGGCGCCAAUUAAGUCGCCGUUUGACAAGAAGGAAUACAGGGUCAUUCAGCUUGGGAAUGGACUCCGAGCACUUCUCAUCUCUGAUUUGAGCAAGAAAUUGUCAUCUGAAGAUGAUGAAGAAGAUGAAGAUUCUGAAGACAUAGGAGAAGAAAAUGACGAAGACAGUGAGGAAGGUUCUGAUGAAGGAGAAAGUGAAGAGGAGGAAGAGGAAGAGGAAGAGGAAGAGGAAUUAGAUGAAGAUGAAGAAAGGCAGGGUAGAGGCUGUGGAAAAGCGAAUCAGGACACUACUAAGUAUCUGGCAGCAGCAGCUCUAUCAGUCAACGUUGGUAGCUUUGAAGAUCCUUUUGAAAUUCCAGGGCUUAUGCACUUCCUUGAGCACAUGGUCUUUAUGGGGUCGGAAAAGUAUCCUAAAGAGAAUGCUUUUGAUUAUUAUAUCAAGAAACAUGGGGGUCGUGAUAAUGCUCAUACUGAUAUGGAGCACACAACGUUUUACUUUGAAGUACAGGAACGUUUCCUAAAUGAAGCCUUGGACAGGUUUGCCCAAUUUUUUAUCCAGCCACUUAUGAAGGUGGAAACCAUGACAAGAGAACGUGAAGCGGUGCAUAGUGAGUUUCAGAUGGCAGUACCUGAGGAUUCAUACAGAACCCAGCAGCUCUUUGCUACUCUCGCUGCCGAUGGUCACCCAAUGGGCAAGUUCACUUGGGGUAAUGAAUCCACCCUGAAUGUUGGGAUCCCAGACGAGGAACUACACAAGAAGCUUCACGAGUUGCGUCUGCGAUACUACUCGGCACAUUACAUGACUUUAGCUGUACAGGCUAGGCUCUCUUUGGAUACUUUACAGGAAUAUGUUACGAGUAUAUUUUCUCUGAUACCAAAUAAUGGCCUUUCCUGCCCCUCGUAUAAGCACCUUGAGCCCCCUUUCCCUGUGGAGAAAUUUCACCGUCUGUAUCGGAUUAUCCCCAUGAAGGAAUACCACUCUGUAGAGAUUAACUGGGCUUUGCCUUCCUACCUCAAGCACUACAAAACAAAGCCCUUACAUUACAUCUCUCACUUACUCGGCCAUGAAGGGAAAGGCUCUAUAUUAUCGUACUUGAAGAAAAAAGUGUGGGCAGUUGGGCUGUAUUCUGGCAAUGAUGGUUCAGGUUUUGAACAUAAUACUACUUACGCUGUUAUGAGCAUUAGUGUAGAGCUGACAGAUGAGGGCUUUAAAAAUCUGGAUCAGGUCCUGUUGGUAGUGUUCCAGUAUCUUUACAUGAUUCAACAAACUGGACCAGUAGAGAGAAUUUUCAGGGAGAUUCAGCAAACGGAAAAGUUGAAUUUUGAUUAUGCUGAAGAGGAGACAGCUAUUGAAAAUGUUGAGAAUCUCUCGGAAGGAAUGAGGAUGUUUGAGCCUGAGGAUUAUCUCACCGGAGACUCGCUUCUCUUCGAAUAUGACCCAGAGAUUAUAAAAAAUUGCAUGCAACAGUUAGUGCCUGAAAACUGCAAUAUUAUGAUCAGCUCCAAGAGUUAUGAAGGCCAGGAUGUUUGUUGUAUGACUGAAGACUGGUUUGGCACAAAAUAUUCUGUUGAAGAUAUUCCUCAAGAGUGGGUAAAGGAAUGGAGUAAACCACCAGAAAAUCCUCAUUUGUUCAUCCCGUCUCCAAACAAAUUCAUACCAGACAAUUUUGACUUACUUAAAGUUGAAGAAGGUGCUACGGAAUACCCAAGAGUACUUCAGAAGGACGAAUGGGGAGAGGUGCUCUACAAACAAGACCAGAAAUUCAAGUUGCCAAGGACGUACUGCUACAUCUACUUCCUGUCAGACCUCCUCCUGCAGUCUCCCAGAGCUGCAGCUCUGUUGGACCUCUACCUGAACCUGUUCCAGCAGCACUUGAUGGAGGAUAUUUACCCCGCCAACAUGGCCCAGUAUCACUACACCAUCAAUGCAACAGAGCGAGGCUUAGUGUUCAAAAUCAAUGGUUUCAGUCAGAAGCUUCCUCAAAUGCUGGAACUUCUACUUCAUCACAUGGACACAUUUGAAGAACAUUUGGAUGAAAAGUCUUUCCAAGAGAUAAGGCAGCAGCAAAUGAAGUCCUAUCACAAUGCUAUCAUUAAACCAGAGAACAUGAAGAAGAACGUCCGGCUGUCAAUAGUUCAAUUUGUGCACUGGACACCUUAUGAGAAGUUGAAAGCGAUAGUUGAUGUUACUAGCAAAGACCUUUUAGAAGACUUUGUGUAUAAGCUCUAUCCAACCUGCCACAUACGGAUGCUUGUCCAAGGUAACACAUCAGCCUCACAAGCACUGGACAUGUACAACUUAGUUAAGACGAGAAAGGUCAAGUAUGAGAUGCAAGUUGUGCCUCCAUUCCCAGAGAUGCGAACAAUGAAGCUCUUGCAAGGUUGCUGGAUUGCUCGUCUGAAGGCCGUUAAUCCAGCAGACACCAACACUUCUGUCAUUAACUACUACCAGGGGAAGGAAGGAACACUGAUGACUGAGGUUCUUCAUGAAUUCAUCCAGAUGGUGAUGGAUGAACCAGUAUUUGACUUUCUGAGGACUCACGAGCAGCUUGGGUAUCACGUGUAUUGCACAAACCGCAAUACAUAUGGAAUUCUUGGAAUCUCUAUUACAGUUAAUACCCAGGCUAACAAAUUUGGGGUACAGCACGUUGAUGAGAGGAUAGAAGCAUUCCUUAAGGAGUUCUUGAAUACGGUGAGAAAUCUUAGCAGUGAAGAAUUAUCAAGUCUGAAAGAUACCCUUACCUCUAUGAAGCAGACAGUUGAUCUGACACUCAGAGAAGAGGUGGAUAGGAAUUGGGGAGAGAUUACUGAUGGAGAGUAUCUCUUUGACAGACUGCAAAGACAGAUUGAAUUAAUAAAAGACAUCACACGAGACUCUGUAGCUGAGUGUCUGGAAAGUCUGGUGUCCAGCAAGACUAAUAAAGAAUAUAGGAAGCUGACAGUACAGGUUGUUGGGGCAUCCAACCCAGAAGAUGGAACACCACCUGCACUGGAAGGCUUGUUAGGAGAAGACAAUGUAGUGAAGUUCCUGGGACCAUGUGAUAAGAGUGCUGUGAAAGACUAUCCUGCUGAACAAUUUAUUACAGACAUUGCCAGCUUCAAGGAAAAACUCGAACCAUAUCCAGUAACCAAGAUUGUUUAACAUUCAGUGUAAGGAUUAGGUGAUGUGCAUUUUCAUUAGAUUAUAUUAGUCCCCAUGUAUCUUGUGGAAGUGUAGGCCUUUUCAAUACUGAAUUUUGAUUGAUGAGGUGCAUUUGAAGUGCCUGACGUAGGCAAAGUUAUGUAAAAGGUAUGUGAUUUAUAUUAUUUUUAUUUAUUUUUAUUUUUUUUUAGACUUUCUGAUGGAGAAAUAGAGGUAGUGAAUAUUUUUUAUUGAUGGCAUAAUUUGAAUUGAAAAUACAUCUUGUAUUUCAUAUUUUUUCAUUCAUAUGUUUCUGUGAUUAGUAUUGUGAUUAAUGCUUUGAACUUGCGGGUUCCCAGAUAUUGGUUUCUAUGUAAAACAGAACCAAAGAUCUGGAAGAUGGAUUAGUGAUUAUGUUAUAACAGCCUGUUAUAAUAAGAAAAAUCAUAAAAAGUUGUGUUCUAAAGGAAAUAUGUCACAUUUCUGCAAUGUGAAAAUAUUCAUAAUCUGCAGGAAGUGUUUCAAAUUUAAAGGCAUUCAGAAACUAUAUAUAACCGUUUUUCAAAAGUAUCCAGUACUGUAAACAGGUAUAUCUUUUAGGCCUACAAAGGUAUAAGUAGUGUAUAUCAAAACUUGCAUGAAAAAUAGACAAACAAUGUAAUGUAAUAAAAAGAAAGAAAAUUAUAUUAUAUGGUGUUGGAGUGUGAAAUUUAUUGAGUACCAUACUUAAGCACAGAAAAUCAGCUAGAUUCACAUUAUACUCAUGAAAAGUAAAUGUAUAUCAAUAGAUGCUGGGAAAUGCAUGUGUUUUUCAAGUGUGAUUUGAAAAAAUAGCAUAAUGUGCUAUACAAUUAUGUUAGUGAAUGGUACUAUAUGUGAAUAAUAACACUGGCUUGUGUAAGACAGUUGUGUUUAUCUAUCCCACAAGGAAUUGUAGUAAGAACCCAGAUAAAGAAUCCAGAUAAUGAAUAUAAGAAUAUAGGAAAAUGAAAUUUAAUCAAAUUUAAAUAUGUUCCUAGAACAAUUUUGUUACUUAAGAGCUAAUUUCAUGACCAUUCAUGAUGGUGGAAAUGCAAGCAUACUUCAGGAAAUUACUGAAAGCUUUGACAUUUAUGGAUGAAAAGGUCUGUGUUGACACCUGAUGAAUCCCUGUACUUAAUUAAUUAGCACCUUGUUUUAUGUAUUGCAUGAAGUGUGGUUGUUCAAAAGCAUUUUUUACAACAUAUGUAAAUAUGUAUAAAACAUGGGAACAUUAUUUAUUCUAAUUUAGAUUGUUUUAGAGGAAGACAGCAAUCAUUCUUCUGAGCUACUCAGAUUCUUACUGAAGCAUUUGAAUGAUAAAUGCCCUUGUGUUGAAAAAAAGGAUUCAAUUUUAUUGCUGUUGUGUCCAAGUCAGUUCCAUGCAAAUGUAAGCCACUUUUUGUGUUGUUUUACUGUAACUACUAUUGUACUGUAAACAUGUUUCAUUUGCAUUACUAAUGUGGAAUGUUCCUAUAAACUAACUGCUUCUUUAUACAUCAAAUAUCAAGAGAAUGAAGACAAAUAAGUAAGAGGUGUAAGAAGCUGGUCUUCGUAAUCAAGCUUUUCUUUUAUAUAUGAAAUCCAUCCAAAAGAAUUCAGAAUUUGCAAAGCUGUCAUGUCACAGCGAUGAUAGGAAAAAGUAAAAGAUUUCAGUCCUUUGCUAGUUCCCCAAAUCCACUUUUAGAAUGUGUCUACCACACAUUAUUUUUUUCCAUUUUCUAUCACACAGUGCAAUGGCAAUCUUUCAAUUAGAUCCUUUGUCUCUGAAUGGAUCAGUUCACCUCCAGAAUCUGAUACACAGGUCUCUGGAUCAUGGCCAACCCACCCAUAAUUUGUCAAUCUGCCAGUUACCUCUUUUGUAUAAUCCUGCUGACAAAUUAACAAACCAAGAAACUAAGCAAUUACCCAGUAAACAAUUGCAAAAACAUAGUUUCCCCUGGCAGUGAGGGUAAAUGGAGAAGCUCUAGGCGAUGGAGUGAGCUUCAUGUGCUUGGCAACCUUUUAUCAAUUUCUCCGAAUUAUUCUUUCCAUUGUACCUUUGGUUUAGAAAGAGGACUUGUAACUUGGCAGAAUUAAGGGAAUGUGCAUGUAUUUAUUUGGACUUUGCCAGCCAUGCAGCAGUCAGAUCAUAAUUAAUACUGUAAGUUGUCUGUCUGGCUUGUUACCAAUGAGGUCUAGUUCUAGGGCAGGGGAAAACAUUUGAACAAACCCAUGUGCCUGGAUUGGUAACUGUUUUGUGUGGGCAGACUUUUUAAGAUGAAUUUGGGGGGCAAGCAAAUUCAUAUUCAGAUAUAAGGGUGUGAAUUGCCUUUCAGGAAAAGAAUGACAAUAUGUGUGUAAAUUUAUCAGAUAGACAGGGAUAAAAAUACAUUAAGAUAUUUAUCAGUGAUACUCCCUGUUUUUGUUGAUUUUUAAUGUCCAAUUUGGUUCAAGUCAAUAAAGAAAUCAAUACC